GAGUGUGAUAUUGUGAUUGUAAAUACUACAAAAAAUAUAACAUUAUGAAUGAAAAUAUAGAAAUGAGUAAUUUUACUGCCGAUGAUUCACUUGAGAACGAUAUCCAAGAGUAUCACGAAAUAAAACAAGACACGACACUUGAUGAUAUUGAGACUUCGUUUUCUUCAAAACAAUCACCGAAACAUUUGAAUGAAUAUGAUUUUUUUACGCAGAUAGAUGUUAAAACGGAACCUAAGAAGCAUUUUAAGAAGAAAAAGGGGAAGAAAAAAGAAAAGCCAUCUAAUUUGAUGGACUUGAUAAGUUCAGAGAUAGCCGCGUCCGUUGUGCCGGUGACCGACAAUGUGGUGUCUUUAGUAGAUGUUUCUAAGGAACGCCAAAAUAGUUAUUUGCGAACGAAUUCUAAAUUCACUCCAUUUCAGAAACCUAAAACAUUCGUUGUGGAUGCUGAAAACGGGUGGACCCGUAAAGCCAAAGCUGCUUACUUGAACCCCAUAUUUCCAAGAAUACUGGAGAAUGCUGUGUCUGACGACUCUCCGAUUGCAGUAGAAUAUGUUGAUCCCCGUGCAUUCGAUGACGUAGUAGCCAAACACACUGAAAGAGAUAAAGAUGACUCCAUCAAGUUUUUAGACAUAACAAUAAAAAAUAUAACACCUAAACAUCACCAUUCCUUCACAUUAGAAAAACUACUUUGUGUCAAAGUUGUAGAAUAUUAUAAUGAAUACAUUUAUAUUCAGAGAGUUCUUAAAGAUCUCGCUAAAGACAUCAAAGUAAGUAGAGAUACAAAAGACAACCUUAAGAUAGAUUUAAUGAAAGUUAGUCCCAGUAAAAAAUACGACGUACGGUUUGAUAAAACACUGAGAAAUUACACAGAAAAGUUACUCAAGCUGAAAGAAAAAUAUAAAGAAUCACUUAAAGCAAAGAAAGAAGCCACUCAUAAAAUAAUAUCGCUAUGGGCAGAUGUAGAAAUGUUAAGAGAGAGGCGUGAAUGUAUUGACACACCUUACAAUUUGGAGUUAAAUCAAAUUAUUUUAGAUGAAACUGAAUACGAGAAAGAAUGGAAUGAUGUAUUCAACACAGAAUAUACAGAUACACUUGACCAAAUUGAAUAUGACUUUGUGACUAGGUACUUGGAGUAUAAAGAAGCUAAGAACGAGCAAAAUACAAAUACAGAUAAAAAACUUUCUAAGCCAAAAUUACAAUUUGAUGAAGACAAAAUAAAAAGCGAAGUUGAAUUGUUCGUUAAUACUGUUUUAACUAAAAGUCAAGUGGAAUUGUAUUUGAAAAAAGACGAAUCAAUCAUUACAGAUUUUGAACAGCAGGGUCAGCGAUUUCCGAAAACUAAUUAUAACUUUUUGAUGUAUGUGGACGAUGUUUUUGUAUGCGAAUCUGAAAAUUAUUCUAGUGAUGAUAUGUUUUGUGCGGAAUUUACCGAGAGUUUCUCAGUGCAGAUUCUUGCAAAGAAUAAAAGUAUAAGGAUUGUUUUACUAGAAAAUGGUACAAAGGUUUCGGAUUUUAAAAUUAAUUUGCAAGAGAUAAGAAAAACGAACGAAAAUGCUGAAUUCGUGGCUGAAAGUCUAAUCCGAGAGGAAAUAGUUGAAUCAAAUUUGAAAUAUGUAGGCAGUGGAGUAAGUAUGAAGGAAAUAGCGCACGCAAAUAAAGUCAGACUUAAAAGUAGCAAUUUAUUCAAAGGAAAGUUAUUUACGAACUACGAAAUAAACAUGAAAGUUGGUUGGAACGAUAAGCUAGAUCAGAAUAAAUCUCAAGCUGUUAAAUCUUCAAUAGAAUUAGGGAAAAGAAUUAAAAGACUGUUGCAUGGUAUUGAGAAACCGAAUUUAGACGUAUUAUUAGACGUUAUCAGUAAGAUAUAUGAGAAAGAUGUAACUGACGAAAAUAUGAUAGAGACAAUUACAAAACUAUGCCAAAUGGAAGUACAAGAUGACGACACCUUUCCUCUGGAAGAUAAUAAUCCAGAGAUUACACGGCUGAAGUUGCUUCACUUGAGGAAUAUUGGAGGUUUUACUGGUAUCGACAAGAAACUGGUUCCUCUCCACGCAAGUCAAAUAACUACAGAUCAACUAAACUGUCUUCAAAAGACGAACGAAAAGGAGUUCGAUAUGGACUAUCUCAAUAACGCAGAAAUGGAGAUGGAUCCUAUCGAGUUGCAAAGGUUUAUUGGAGCGAAGUAUGUUCAAAAGUUAAACAGAAAUAUGUUGCGAAGUCUGAACGAGUAUCUACUUCAGAAGACACAUAAAGAUGUCGUUAAGGAGUUUAAUUUUAGUUUCAGAAGUUUAUUUUCCAACCAGUCUAACGUAGGGGUUCUUGCGACGGCCUCAAACUCUACUAAACAGCAGAUUUUGAGAGAGUCUUUAGGCAAAGAUCAAGAGAUUCAUGUGACUGUAAUAAGAGCUUUCAAUCUGCUUGACCGAACUGCUGCGGUUGCGGUUCUUGACGAGAUAGCUGAAGAUGAUGAGAUGAUUGCAGGUUUCAAAGUGCGAUCUCUAAGGCCUUUCGUUCGGGUGAACUACAGAGGCACGUCAGCUCAGACUGUUACCGCCAUCGGCUGUCAUCCGUCUUGGAAUCACACCCUCAAAAUUAAUACCAAACUUGAGCCUUUAUCAUCAGUCCACAUCAAUAUCUAUGACGAAUAUAAAGCCAACAUAGUGGAAGGUUUCUCCGAAGAGGAACAUUCUAACAAGACCGUUCACUAUCGCUACUAUAACAAAUGGUUGGGAACUUUGGAGGUACCACUGUAUGCGGUGUUGAGUCUGGGCACACUCCGGGGCACAUUCAAAAUCACGACCCCGCCGCUCUUGUUUGGUUACGAAACCCACCAAACGAAGGAGUCAACAUCGCUAAUCCCAGAAAUAACGCAACUCAUGAAAAAACACACCACUUUCAUAACAUUAGAAAUAACGACCAGCCUAUCGCAUUUGGGAGGAUUGCACGCUUAUAACCAGCCGCUACCAAGCUCAAUAGAAGACGAUUAUUUGAUUAAACAUUUGAACAAUUUCGUAACUGAAUACACAAACGAAUUUCCGAUGAGGAAUAUUUCGUUGACUUUUAUAGAUAGCGCGGGUAGGAACAAAUGCGUCACGCAGUUUCUACAGCCAAUACCUUUGCCAGAGAAGGAUUUCAUUCCCAAGAAUCCGAGAGGAGACUCGGCUAUAUCGAAGUCUUCUGGGUUUUCUAAGAGUUCGUCAUCAAGUGGGAAGAGAAGAGAAAGAGAGCUGGAUGUUGAUGGCAUGAGUCAUGAGGAGAAGGAGUCGAUAUACAGCGCUCGCGAAGGAGACAAUCUGUCAAAAAUGAUGAAUGCGUGUAUGCGAUACGUGUCUUUGAUCCCCAGCUAUGAAGUGACGGAGACUCAUGCCGUGACAUUGUUGGGACUCGAACUUCUUAAAGUACUUCACGGUUCACCUCUAGACCACACGAUACUCCUAGCGAGCUACUUCAUAUACCUUGGCAUUAAAUGCUGGGUGGCAAUAGGUCUUGGUCUCCCACGAGGCCAGAGCAGCUUCGUGCUAUUUAAAUACGACCUGACAACACGAAGGAUCGUACUGGAAAGUGAUCAGCUGUUCAGAAGUAGGGGGUUUCUGAACAAAGGUGAUGGGUACACUUGGUAUGUGUGUGACGCAAGCAGUGGGGAACGCCAUGAGCUUAGAGACGUCGGCUGUCCCAUGAAGACUGUCGACUAUGUGUUUGAUAAUGAAAAUAUAUGGGUCAACGUCCAAGCGUCUCAAGAUUGCGAAAAUAUGGGGUUUGAUUUCACAAAGUCCUCUGAGUGGCAAGCUGUGUUUGACAAAAGUGUGUUCGUGAUGAAGCAGCCAGUGGUAACAGAUAGUACACUAUACUCCCCCCCACCGAGUGUGGAGGGGUUGAGGGUUGCUCUUGAGAACAAGAUUAAGAUGAAGGUUCAAAAAUGGAGAUCACACAUGAAGACUAUUUGGAACAGGUAUUGCAGUACACUGCUACGCGACAUGUUGCUACAAUGGGAGUAUUGGGUCUUCUUUCCUACUGGCCCCAAGCCAGUCUUCAGUCAGAAGCUGAAACAUUUAAUGGUGACAUUUAAGAUAUUUGGCUUCCCUCUAAACAUGUCGUACGUGAAUACAAAAUCGGUGAUAUCAGCGGUCAAGUCUACUGGCCUGUACCUGACAGACGAUCCUAAUGUGGAGUUUGCGCUCGGUGUCGAGGUGUGCGCCUACCCUAAUAAUGUAAUUAGUGUCUGGCUAUUCCUCGCUAGCAUCAGCAGAAUGUAGAUAAGUCAGUGUGGUGUUUUUGCGAAAUAAACCGAUUUACAAAAUGA